UGAACGAUCUAUUAUUUAGUAAUUACUUCCCGGCAACGUCAGUAACAUUGUAAUUGUUUUUCAUGAUCUCUGAAGAAGUACAGUGAACUAUUUUACGUUGUGAUAAAAAUUUGCGUCUUCUUUAAAAAAAAACGUAAUCCGUCCAAUUGCGCGCCAUGAAAUAUUGUUUUGUGGUUAUCGUUUUAGUGGCACUUGGUUUGCGAGAAACAAAAGCCGACACUGACCUUGCUACCGUCAGUGAUGAUGAUCUCGUCAAGUUAUUCCACAGUCAUUCCAACCUGAUCGUAUUGUUUUCAAAGCAAAACUGCAACGAAUGUGAUAAAUUGGAGAACAUACUGAAAAAGCUUGACCAGGAAGUCAGGGACAAUUUAGAAGCAGAAAUCGUUAAGGCCACUAAUAGUCAACUGGUACGAUUGUACAGUCCCACAAAAGAACCAGCGAUAGUGUUUUUCCGCCAUGGCGUGCCGCUGCUGUACGACGGGCCAGCUAAUGAAGAUUCUCUCAUUGGAAAGCUAGUGCAGAAUAAGGAUCCGAAUGUGAAAGAACUGUCGGAUGAAAAUUUUGAGCAUCUUACUCAAGCGUCAAGUGGAGCAACAACGGGCGAUUGGUUUAUUAUGUUCUACACAUCGAAUUGUGUCGACUGUCAACGUCUGACUGCCGUUUGGGAAGCGGUUGCCGCUGAUCUUAAGACACGAAUGAAUGUGGCCUUGAUUGAGAAAGAUGGAAAGGGAAGCGCAACAGCGGAGAGAUUUGGUGUAAAAGUCGUUCCUUCAUUUAUAUUCUUGCGUCAAGGUAAAUUCUAUAGAUACGAGAUAGGCAAAUAUGACAUCAAAUCAUUCGUAAAAUUCGCCCAAGAUUGGUACAAAAACACUACUCCGGAAAAUGUUCCGAUUCCAACAUCGCCAUUCGAUGCACUUAUUGGAGAAAUUGUACAAUAUCUCAAAUAUAUUCCCGUAAUAAUCGUAACGCUGCACAAUGAAUAUACAGCAUUAUUUUACUGUGUGAUUGGCAUUUUCGGAUUUGUAGUACUUGGAUUUACAGCAGCCAUCGUCCUCGCAAUUAUUACACGCUGCAAAGCUGCCGCUAAAAGUAAGAAAACAAAGGCAAAGAAAGCAAAAUAAUUGAUAGAACAUGACCCGAACGAAAAACAAGUUUAUAAUUGUACUAUUAGAAAAGGUAAUAAUUUGUGUUGGAAGACCGUCAAAAGAAAAAAACGAACGCUUUGCGUUAGAGUUUUAGAAUAAAAAAAAACGUUUAAAACGUGUAGUAAGAA